AUGCUUCACCUACAAGAACGAUCUAUCAGGGUCCAUGAUAAGAAGGAAUUCAAGGACAUAAACAAUAACAAUAACACGAUGGAACGGUUGGAUCUAGACGUGUGUUUAAACCCCUCAACCAAGAUUGUACUCAGAAACACCGAGGUUACUCGAAAUCCACCGCAGAGAGGCAAACGCCGCGGUAGUAGCACCGAUGCUGCCCCCACUACCACCACCACCACGGGAGCGUCAGGCCGACGGGGCAGCGGCUCGCGAGCCCCCAUCAAACCCUUGCAGCGGAAUGCCGCCAACGCCAGGGAGCGGUGCCGGAUGAGGGUGCUCAGUAAGGCUUUUACACGGCUUAAGACGAGCCUCCCGUGGGUGCCACCAGACACUAAACUCUCGAAGCUUGACACGUUGAGACUGGCAUCCAGUUAUAUUUCACAUCUGAGGAAAAUUCUUGAAGAUGACACGCUGGAUGGUACCAUGGUACAUCCACUGAAUCUGACAUGGCCCUUUGCAAUCAGCUCCAGACCAGUCAUGGCCGACGACACAACAUCGGAAGAAUGUGAAAAGGAAGGCCGAUCGGAUACGGCAAGUGACGUCAUGUCAGAGUCACCGUAA